GCUCCUCUCUUCCCAUUCUGCGAGAGAAUAACAAAAAUGUUUUCUCAGACAACGUCUAUUGUGUCACGGAUGGCUCUUCACAAUGACAUCGAGCUGAAAUAACAAGGAGUGAUAUUGUUUUUAGGGUCCUGGCACAGGUGGACAAAAAGAUAGAGAGGGAUAGUGAGAGAGAAAUUUAGAAUGAAAAGUGAAGAAAACGCUAUGUGACACACAUGGCUCAGGCCAAUGCAGUUUCAGGUAAGAAGGGAGCUGAUUUGCCACCAGCAGCAUCACUAAGAAACACUUAAGCAAAGUACUGCCGUUUUCUAGAGGCGAAUCAGGUGAAGUUAGUGCUGAAAUGCUCAGGACUUGGAAGAAGCAACUGGAAGUUUUGUAAACUGCAGAAAGUGUAAACGAAUCAAGAAUUAAGGGAGAGAACAAGUGCUGAAGGGACCCACUCCCUUAGGGAAAUGCAUAUUUGAAUAUUGUUUGCUGUCAGUGCACCAAUUUAGGCGGUAAUUUGACAGUUCUCGGUCAGGGGUGUUAUUUGAAAAGUAAGUUGCAUUUUAACAUCUCCGUGGCAUGGAUUCUUUUUCUCUCGUUUUAACUGCCACCAUCUGUAACGGAUAUUUUAUAGCCGAUCAAGAACAACUGCUAAAAAGAGGUCACUUGAUCAAAUAAGCACAUUUGUUACAUUGACAUCAAGCUGGGAUAACAUGGAUCAGCAGGUUUUGCACAAACUUCUGGAAAAGCCAGCCCGAGUGCACACUUUUAUUAAAGUAAAAGGUCUAUGGAAAUGCAGGAUCUAGCUAGUCCACACAGUCGAGUAAGUGGAAGCAGUGAGUCCCCUAAUGGUCCCAGCAUCGACAACUCACAUAUAAAUAACAAUUCCAUGACACCAAAUGGCACUGAAGGUGAUAACAUCACUAUGCUUACUACAGCUGACUGGUUGUUAAGUUCUAGUUCACAGUCCGCUGCAGUUAAAACAGAGCCAAUGAGCAGCAGUGAAAUCGCCACCCCUGUAGCAGACGGCUCUCUAGACGGCUUCUCAGGAUCAGCCAUUGGAACCAGUGGCUUCAGCCCAAGACAAACUCACCAGUUCUCUCCCCAGAUUUACCCUUCCAACAGACCUUAUCCACACAUUCUUCCAACUCCUUCCACCCAAAACAUGGCCGCGUACGGACAGACGCAAUACACCACAGGAAUGCAGCAGGCUGCUGCCUAUGGCACAUAUCCUCAGCCAGGCCAGCCCUAUGGAAUUCCAGCCUAUGGUCCAUUGUGGGCAGGCAUCAAGACAGAGGGUGGACUAACCCAGGCCCAGUCUCCAGGCCAGAGUGGCUUCCUUAGCUACAGUUCCAGUUUCUCCACGCCUCAGACAGGACAAGCACCCUACAGCUACCAGAUGCAAGGAGGCAGUUUUACAACAACUUCAGGGCUGUAUGCUGGAAGCAAUUCCCUCACAAACUCAACUGGAUUCAAUAGUACACAACAGGAAUACCCCUCCUACCCAGCCUUCGGGCAGAGUCAGUAUGCGCAAUAUUACAACAGUAGCCCCUACACCUCUCCCUACAUGACCAGUAACAACACCAGCCCCACCACACCCUCCACUACUGCCACCUACACCCUACAGGAGCCUCCAUCAGCGAUCACCAGCCAGGUCCUCUCAGAGCAACCUGCAGGAGAGUACAGUACAAUCCACAGUCCAUCAACCCCCAUUAAAGAUUCAGAUUCAGAUCGAUUGCGUCGGGCCGCAGAUGGAAAGUCACGUGGCCGUGGAAGAAGGAACAACAACCCAUCCCCACCUCCUGACUCUGACCUUGAGCGCGUGUUCAUUUGGGACUUGGAUGAAACAAUCAUCGUUUUCCAUUCCUUGCUCACAGGAUCUUACGCCAACAGAUUCGGCAGGGAUCCGCCAACGUCUGUAUCAUUGGGACUAAGAAUGGAAGAGAUGAUCUUCAACUUGGCCGACACACAUUUCUUCUUCAAUGACUUAGAGGAGUGUGAUCAGGUUCAUAUCGAUGAUGUGUCGUCAGACGACAACGGGCAGGAUCUAAGUACGUAUAAUUUUAGCACAGAUGGAUUCCACGCUGCUGCCACUAGUGCCAACCUGUGCCUUGCCACUGGCGUAAGAGGAGGUGUGGACUGGAUGAGAAAGCUUGCCUUCCGCUACAGACGAGUAAAAGAAAUUUACACCACCUAUAAAAAUAACGUUGGAGGUCUGCUUGGCCCAGCCAAAAGGGAAGCCUGGUUGCAAUUGCGAGCAGAAAUUGAAGCCUUGACGGACUCUUGGUUAACACUGGCACUGAAAGCACUAACAUUAAUCCACUCAAGGUCAAACUGUGUGAACAUCUUAGUGACCACAACACAGCUUAUACCUGCCCUCGCCAAGGUCCUCCUCUAUGGCCUGGGAGUAGUAUUUCCAAUUGAAAACAUUUAUAGCGCCACCAAAAUAGGAAAAGAGAGCUGCUUCGAGAGAGUAAUUCAGAGGUUUGGAAGGAAAGUUGUUUAUGUGGUGGUGGGGGACGGUGUGGAGGAGGAGCAAGGCUCAAAAAAGCACAACAUGCCUUUCUGGAGGAUCUCAAGUCACUCUGACCUCAUGGCCCUUCACCACGCUCUGGACCUGGAGUACUUGUAGCACUGUGACAGCCGUUCCUUCCCAGCCCCGCUUCGGCCCUGUCGCUGGGACUGCGCGCAGGCCUUGCAGACCCACACCCCACACCAUCAUCAGCAUCGUCAGCCUGCUGUGUCGCCCAAGUGUCUGCGUUCCAAUAGUACCAGACCAAAAACUAAAAUUCAUAUAGUAUAGAGCCAGCAAAACCAGAGCGACAUGCUCAUCGUGUUGACAUAUGGCUGCAAUUCGUCUUAACCCUAAACCUUUUCGAAGUGGAGGAGAGUGAAUUUAUGGUGCUGCAGCUGCUGGCCCUGGUUACUGUGAAUUGGCUUUUUUCUAAAGCCAUCAAAAUGUUUUACAGCCCUGCCUGUGCGGGGGACUCGGCAAGGGUUCACACCUGUGACAAAAACUGAGCUACCGAUGCCUUUGGAACUUAGUGGGACUCAGAUCCCAUUGCGGCUCAGUGUAAACUUCCUCUGUUUUGUGUCUUUAUGUCUCCAUCUUUCUCAACCAAUGGUACAAAGACAGAAGGGCAUGGCCCCUCGUUUUCCUCGUUCCUCCAGCCUUGGUUUGAUAACCAUUGCCCUAGAUGUCCUACACUUCUUAUUUAUAAUCUGAGACUUUGUGGAGCGGCACUGGCCUGAAAAGGUGCCCAAUUUGUGUGACUUGUGCCUUUUCACUUGACAAAGUACUUUGAUUCCACUACACCAAGAAGUUUUAAUGGAGGAAAAUGGAUUUUCUAGUAAUUUAAGAAAGAACAUUAUUUACAUUGCGGAGACAAUCGUGUACAGAAGACAUUUUUUGUGCGUGUAAAUUUGUAAUCACUGGACUAUUCCUUCCUAUAUUGAUUGAGCUACAUGCUGUGGAAAGGUGGCAAUGCUUCUUUUCUUUUUCAAGGAAGUACAUAAAGGCGUUCGCACACAGUCGCUUGUGCAAAGCCUGAAAGUGUUGAUGUGUUCAAGGUUUCGUUCAAUAAAUAAUUGUAGAUAAGGGAUUUUUUUGUGAUAAUUGUUUUGUCAUGACCAAAAGCAUGGAUGUCAAGUGUCAAUAAUUUCGUAAUUUCUUCAGUGAUGUUUGUUUUUCUCCUUUGUACCUUCUCUGUUUCAAAGUCAUUGAGAGAUUGCAUCCAAAUAGAGAUGCAAGUCUCUCUCCACAAUGAAAUGUGACUCAUCUGGUCAGGAUUUCAUUCAGGACUGAAUUCUAGAGUGUCCACAGUCCCAAAGGUAGCUCACAACACCAACUCCAAGGAAGAACCAUCAAGGAUUACAUUAGCAACAUAAUAAGAAAUAUGCAUUAAGAAUGUAAUCUUCUAAAUGUCAAGCUUCAAACUGAGUAUAAAUGUCCAUAGUACCUAUCUCAUAAACCCUCAGCAUCCAUAACAGGCAUUUAAAACAAGCUUAAAAUAGGUUUUAUUAUCUUUUGUACCCGUGCUAUACAGAAAUUCUUGUACAGCCAGUGUAAUUUUGUAUGAAGUAGUCUUUAUACUUUGACUUUGAUAUGUGUUCUGUGUACACUCGGAAAUCGCUGACAAUUUUCAUUGUGCAUAUCGAUAGUGCUUAGGUAACUGAGGACUGGGAAACUAGCUGUUGGACUUUAAGAAAGAAAGCCACUACUCAAUGACACGGGCGAUCAUAUGCACCCACACACACACACACACACACACACACACACACACAAUGGAGUUGAGAACAUACAUGUGCUAUUGACUGUGAAUUUUCCCAGCUAACUCGAUCUGUUUUUAAUUUUCCCUCCCGGCACAUGAUGUUGCUCGGCUCCUGCAGGUGAGGUCUUCUCUAGGCUAAGUUUUCUCACCACAUUUACAAUUCCACCCCUCUUAUUGCAUACCCCCCCUCACCCCACCUAUGCUCUCUACCCCCCAUAUCGGGGAAUCACAUUUUGCUGCUAGAACACGGUAACAGUAGACAUGGGAAAAGUUUUCUAGGUUUAAC